CGAAGCGACGCCAUGAAGACAGUGGUUCUGCUGUGCGCCGCCGCGGCGCUGCUGUCGCUACCGGCGCAAGUGAACUCUGGUAUCAUACGGCUGUGCACCCCGAACGAGGUCAGCUGGAAGGAGUGCAACACCUGUAAGUGUGACCAGUUUGGGUCGUUCCAGUCUUGCACACAGAGGCGGUGCCGGGAACUCCAUCGACUCCGCAGAGAUACGCUGUGUCCACCGGGGCAGACUUUCCAGAGCGGCUGUGACAUUUGCCACUGUGCGGACGAUGGGAGCACCAUCUGGUGUACCAACGAUGGCUGUUCUGGGAAAGACUACAUGCAGAACGUGGACCAGGUGCAACACCAGUACCAACAAGUCCGCAGGCUGGAACCAGGGCUCAAAUUCGCGGGUGAUAAGUUCUCUGAAAUAGGAGAUCUUUUGCGGCCGUACCAACACCAUCAACGUUCAAAUGCGUACAGCUUGCCAGCAUGGUAUAGAGAUGUCCUGAAAGACAGGCAAGAGAUGUGGCAGCAGAUGCAGCAUAACCAGAUGCCCGCAUUUGACCAGUCUGGGCAGCUGUACCAGCAGGGCUACGAUUACGACCUGGACGACAGCCAGCAGCAGCAGCAUCAAGACCCCAGUGCAGACUUCGAUCAGGCGGUACAGCAGAUUCAUCAAUACGGAGAUCCUCAGUCUGGUAAACUGGUAAACGAUCAACAAGAAUCUGAAGAAGGUCUUCAGGUGUAUCAGCAAAGUGAGACAUCUGAUGCAGAUCAAAUUGCACAGCAAUCACUACAAAAUCAAUAUUCUGAACAGGUUAAUUGGCAUCCACAGCAAGACCAGAUUUCAGAUACAGGAGACGUCGUGCAACAACAUCAACAGAUCGAUACACCAAACAAAAACCAAGACCUUCAACAGACACAGCAAGAAUUAGAUUCUGAUAAUGAACAAAUCAGUCAACAUUCACAGCAGGAUCAAUCUUCCGAUUCUGGAGACAAUCUGCAACAGUAUCAACAGACCGAUGCAUCAAACGGAGACCUGCAACAGAUACAGCAAGAAUUAGAUUCUGAUUCUGAACAACUCAGUCAGCAUACACAGCAAGAUCGAUCUUCCGAUUCUGGAGACGAUUUGCAACAGUAUCAACAGACCGAUACAUCAAAUGGAGACCUACAGCAGACGCAGCAAGAACAAAAUUCUGAUAAUGAACAAAUCAGUCAGGAUUCACAGCAGGAUCAAUCUUCCAAUUCUGGAGACAAUCUGCAACAGUAUCAACAGACCGAUGCAUCAAACGGAGACCUACAACAGAUACAGCAAGAAUUAGAUUCUGAUUCUGAACAACUCAGUCAGCAUACACAGCAAGAUCGAUCUUCCGAUUCUGUAGACGAUUUGCAACAGUAUCAACAGACCGAUACAUCAAAUGGAGACCUACAGCAGACGCAGCAAGAACAAAAUUCUGAUAAUGAACAAAUCAGUCAGCAUUCACAGCAGGAUCAAUCUUCCGAAUCUGGAGACAAUCUGCAACAGUAUCAACAGAACGAUGCAUCAAACGGAGACCUACAACAGAUACAGCAAGAAUUAGAUUCUGAUUCUGAACAACUCAGUCAGCAUACACAGCAAGAUCAAUCUUCCGAUUCUGGAGACGAUUUGCAACAGUAUCAACAGAACGAUACAUCAAAUGGAGACCUACAGCAGACGCAGCAAGAACAAAAUUCUGAUAAUGAACAAAUCAGUCAGGAUUCACAGCAGGAUCAAUCUUCCAAUUCUGGAGACAAUCUGCAACAGUAUCAACAGACCGAUGCAUCAAACGGAGACCUGCAACAGAUACAGCAAGAAUUAGAUUCUGAUUCUGAACAACUCAGUCAGCAUACACAGCAAGAUCGAUCUUCCGAUUCUGGAGACGAUUUGCAACAGUAUCAACAGACCGAUACAUCAAAUGGAGACCUACAGCAGACGCAGCAAGAACAAAAUUCUGAUAAUGAACAAAUCAGUCAGCAUUCACAGCAGGAUCAAUCUUCCGAAUCUGGAGACAAUCUGCAACAGUAUCAACAGAACGAUGCAUCAAACGGAGACCUACAACAGAUACAGCAAGAAUUAGAUUCUGAUUCUGAACAACUCAGUCAGCAUACACAGCAAGAUCGAUCAUCCGAUUCUGGAGACGAUUUGCAACAGUAUCAACAGACCGAUACAUCAAAUGGAGUCCUACAGCAGACGCAGCAAGAGCAAAAUUCUGAUAAUGAACAAAUCAGUCAGCAUUCACAGCAGGAUCAAUCUUCCGAUUCUGGAGACAAUCUGCAACAGUAUCAAGAGACCGAUACAUCAGUAGGAGACCAAGUCCUACAACAGACACAGCAGGAAUUAGAUUCUGAUUCGCAACUAAGUCAGCAUAUACAACAAGAUCAAUUUUCAGACUCUGGGGAAAAUCUACAGCAAUAUCAACAAAGUGGUACACUCAACGAAGAACAAGAUUUACAACAAACACAGAAGAAAUCUGAUUCUGAUUUUGAACUUAGCCAGCAUACGCAACAAGAGCAGUCUUCAGAUUCCGGAGAAAAUCUGCAACAAUAUCAACAGGGCGAAGAUCAAAUUCUGCAACAGACGCAGCAAGAAUUAGACUCUGACUCUGAACUUAGCCAGAACACACACCAAGAGCAGUCUUUAGAUUCUGGAGAUGAUCUGCAACAAUAUCAACUCGGCGAAACCCAAAACAACGAUCAAAUUCAACAGCAGAACCAACAACAUGUUGACUCAGAUUUUGAACACAUCAGUUUGUAUCCCCAGAAACAAGAUCAAUCUUAUUCUAGCGAUGACCAGCAGCAGUACCAGCAGAGCAAUAUCUUCGGCUCAGGCGAUUUAGAACAGCAAGCACACCAAGACGAUACUGAAGGCAAUAGUCACGAUCGAUAUCAGCAGCAUCAAGAACCUGGAUCAGAACAGAUUGUACAGCAAUAUGAGAAGGAACAGUUUCCCAUCAGUAAUCAGGACUUGCAGCAAUAUCAGCAAAGCCACUUUGGGAACGAUGCGGACGUUUAUCAGCAGUCCCAUGAGCCAGACGAAUUCCUUGAUGGCUAUCAGUACGAUCAAAAUAAUCGCUUGCAUAAAAUAGACCAACAGCAGCAUGAGGCUAUAUUCUAAUAGCACGCAUCAAUAACGUGAGAGACUUCUAUCUGUAUCAUCCGUCGGCUGCAGACAAUAAACGGAAUCAGUUUACUGAGAUCCGUGAAAACGUCCUAAAAAGGGUUUUCGUUCUAUCACAAGACCAUGUGAAACUUCGUUUACGUAAUAGGUGUCUCAACAUAGUGUCCCCGUUACACAACUUGCGUAUGAACGCCCAAAUAGUGUUUUCUGAUGUUACGAACAUUACAUUCGAAAAAUCGAAAAUUGUGUAUUUUUUUAAAAUAAAUGUGAUAAAUGGGAAAAAAAUUUGAUGGACCGAUA